CGGAAAUGCAUAGUACAGGAGUAAGGACGAGGACAGAGCCCAACCAAUUGGGACACCUAACUCGCCUUCUCAGUGUUGAGCAAGAACGCGAAAGGAAUGAUCUUCAACGAACGGGAACUCUGAUUUCGAGGAGGAAUCUCAACUGCACUGUCAAAAAACGCGUUCAUAUAAAGUGGAGGAUGGUCUCCGGGAUUGAUAGGCGAUCAUGAAGAUGGACCUCAGUUCGUCAGCGCUCUUUCACUAUAUCGCCGUGCACCUGGUCUCGUCCUUAUCAAUUUCGGUGAGAUUUUCUCUUGUGCAGGAAGACCGUGUGAAAACAGAGUACAAAACGUGCACGUCUCGCGAAGUACAUUCCUGGGCGCCCGACAUGAAACAGCAGAAUAAUUAUCAUCAAGGAUCCUUUCCUGGCACGACGCGCGUCCACCAGCCGAUGAACAGGGCUGCUAUAAUGCGGUAACACUGGAAUAAAAGCAUGGAUUCCAGAAAGUACUCA